GUGACUAUACGACUAAACGCGCUUGUCAUUUGGCACCUUGGCUCGAGAUAAAAAAGAAGCCGAAAAACAAAAAAAAAGCAUCUUACCUUGCGAUAAUACAAGAAUUACUUAUAAUUGCGUUAUCCACGGAGUGAAAUCUUCAAAAUGCUGAUAAAAGUCAAGACUUUAACCGGAAAAGAAAUUGAGAUCGACAUUGAACCCACGGACAAAGUGGACCGAAUCAAGGAAAGAGUAGAAGAAAAGGAAGGGAUUCCCCCUCAACAGCAACGACUUAUUUUUUCUGGCAAGCAAAUGAACGACGACAAAACGGCACAGGAUUACAAGGUCCAGGGUGGCUCCGUGUUGCAUUUAGUAUUGGCACUACGUGGAGGCUGGUAAAACCCAACUAUUUUUAUUUGGUUAUGAGCCUGGAGUGUGAAGGAUUCUGUAAGUAUGUAGCAACCCGACAGAAAAACUAAUUGCCUACAAGCAUUAGUAUAUUGUGUGUUUUGUCAUAAACUUGUUUCUUUAAAUAUGGAAAAAUAAAUCACGAUAAGCUAUCGAUUCUGAAAAAAAAUAUAUUUCAUUUUCCGAUCUGGUUACUUA